CGGCUCUGGGCUGGCAGCGCCGUGCGCGCGCGGCCGUCCGAGUGGGGCACGGCUCGGAGCCGUGGGAGCGCGCCGGUGGGUCCGUGGUCUAACUUUGUCUCCAUCAUAGCGUAGGUCUCCGGGAGCGCGAUCGGACACCCCGGAUGCACAGGAUCUGAGGCUUCUGAAUCCUCCAAGGACCAGCUAAAAGUAUGAGAAAUCACCAAGGUUUCAUGGAGCCCACCGCACUGCCUGCCCUGAGAAAUGCUGGAAGCUGGGUGCAGCCCCAGGCCCGAGGACCUGUUUUUCCUGUUUCCUGAAGAAUUCCCUGCUUCCUGGUCCAGGCCUCUAUAUUCAUGAAUGAGGAACCUGAACAGGCUCUGAGCAUCCUGACUGUGAAACCCAGGGCUGGCCAGAAGCAGACUGGUGGACUGCAUCUGGCCCUCAGGAUGUAGUGCGCCUACCCUGUUGUGACGUUUUAGAGGGCAAUGGCCACAGGCCCAGGGCACUGGAACAACAGCACCAUCAAUGACACCUGGAAUGGGGACGAGCUAGGCUACAAGUGCCGCUUCAAUGAGGACUUCAAGUACGUGCUGCUGCCUGUGUCCUAUGGCGUGGUGUGCGUGCUCGGGCUGUGUCUGAACGCCGUGGCGCUCUACAUCUUCCUGUGCCGCCUCAAGACCUGGAACGCGUCCACCACAUACAUGUUCCACCUGGCCAUGUCUGAUGCGCUGUACGCAGCCUCCCUGCCGCUGCUGGUCUAUUACUAUGCCCGCGGGGACCACUGGCCCUUCAGCACAGUGCUCUGCAAGCUGGUGCGCUUCCUCUUCUACACCAACCUUUACUGCAGCAUCCUCUUCCUCACGUGCAUCAGCGUGCACCGAUGCCUGGGGGUCCUGCGCCCGCUGCGCUCUCUGCGCUGGGGCCGGGCCCGCUACGCCCGCCGGGUGGCAGCUGCCGUGUGGGUGCUGGUGCUGGCCUGCCAGUCACCCGUGCUCUACUUCGUCACCACCAGCGUGCGUGGCGGCCGCAUCACCUGCCACGACACCUCAGCACCCGAGCUCUUCAGCCAGUUUGUGGCCUACAGCUCUGUCAUGCUGGGCCUGCUCUUCGCCGUGCCCUUUGCCAUCAUCCUGGUCUGCUACGUGCUUAUGGCUCGGCGGCUGCUGAAGCCAGCCUAUGGAACCUCGGGAGGCCUGCCGCGGGCCAAGCGCAAGUCGGUGCGCACCAUUGCCGUGGUGCUGGCUGUCUUCGCCCUCUGCUUCCUGCCUUUCCAUGUCACCCGCACCCUCUACUACUCCUUCCGCUCCCUGGACCUCAGCUGCCACACCCUCAAUGCCAUCAACAUGGCUUACAAGAUCACCCGGCCUCUGGCCAGUGCCAACAGUUGCCUUGACCCCGUACUCUACUUCCUGGCUGGGCAGAGGCUUGUGCGCUUUGCCCGGGAUGCCAAGCCACCCACAGACCCCACUCCUACUGCCCCAGCUCGCCGCAGACAGGGACUGCACAGGUUGGACAGAACUGACAUCAAGAGGGCAAAAGAUGUGUCGACCAGCAGUGAGGACUCUAGGCGGACAGAGUCCACGCCAGCUGGUGGUGAGAACACUAAGGACAUCCGGCUUUAGGGCCCGAACCCAUUGGGCCUGUGCAAGUUAAUAUGGGGGAGGGGAGCCGGGAGACUGUGGGGACUAGGAUUUCUUCAACUGGGAUAGUCUCCCUAGAUAUGACCCAUUAGUGACUCACGCCUGAUGGUCAAGGGAGCCAUACUUCAAUGCUCUGUCAUUUGGCAGAAUGCUCUCUGUAGUCCAGAGAUCUUAACAGUCCCUACAACCCCAGGCACUAUUUGUAUGCGUGAGUUGGGGAAUAAGGCUUCAUGAAAGGCAAGGGUAAGGAGCCAAUGUGGCCCCUGGCCUGACUCCCGCGUAACUGGCUGGCUCUGCCUGGCAAGGUAUCUAGGCUGGAGCCCAGCCUGAUCAAGUCAAAUGGAGAAACAGGCCCGGAGAGGAAAGUGACUUCCCAAGGUCAUAUAGUCUUGGCCUGAGCUACCCGGGAGGGGUGGGGUUUCGUUUGAUCAGAGCACCCUGGUAAGGAGCCAAGCUGAGCCAGAGCUUCCCACAGAGGGGCCGAGGGCAGGUCUGGAUGCCACAGUGGACAUGCCUCUGAGGAGCAUCCUCAUCCCAAGAGAUGAAUGUAACAUCUGGGGACUGAUGUCAUAAACCCACCGGGGGCUUCCCUGGUUUGGGAGCCAGUUCGAGGCUGUAACUUCUA